GAAUGAACCUCUGCACAGCGCAUCACACAAGUGGUGCACAAGCUGUCGCGCGCGCUCUCGCUGUUCCACAUCUCUCGCACCUCCACUUCAGCCACUUUUUUUUUCUUUUUUUUUUUUUUCUUUUUACCAAGCCUGAUCCACAUGACAACCUUUAAAAAGAAAGAAAAGAGGACAAAAGCCACCGGGUAACGGUGAAGGACGGUGGAGAGCAGGAUGGACUCACGAUGAGAAGACUGUUAAUUCUCAGACAGACAGGAGAACCGCUGUCGCAGAGGAGGAGGAAAACAGGGGACGGAGGAGAGAGGCAAGCAGCUAUUUGCGGUGACUUUGGGAAUUUCGCUCCGACGAAAAGAGCGAGACACCACAUUCCUCUGAAUGCCAACAUUUACCGAGGGUGAGAUUAAUAAUAAUAAUAAAAAGGCGCACUGGGACUACCAUGCUGGACCAGAAAAUUGCCCAUUUUGGCGACCAUUGUUUGGUAGUUUGGCCAGUUAAGGAAACGUCUGCUUUGAAGUAGCCAAGUCGCGGCGUAAUUGUCGUUUAAAAAGCUUGGGGGAAAAAAGAAGAAAAAGCUGAGGAUUCUCUGUUUCCAUUGUAGACAGCCAUUGCUAAGAGUGUGGCUUAACCGGGGAGCAAGGUGGGCUCACCUAAGGGGUAAAGGAGGACUGUUUUAAGAGAUACCCCACCUCCUCCUCCCCCUUACAUAAAUGUUUGCGUGCCGUUAGUGCUCUCGGUCUCGGUCGACCCCCUCUCCCUCGGAAUAGGUUGCUGAGCCUCACACGCAGGCGGACGCAUCUCAUAUGCAUAUAUAGACACAGACAAACCUGGACAUUAUCUCGCACGCACGCCAUCACAAAUCUCAUAUACAUUCCUAAUUACACUGACAGACGUCGUCUCUCUUACCUCGCUAACCCUCCGCCAACCCUCUCACCUCCACCCCACUGUCUGAUGACUCCCCGGCGCACAGGUGGACGUGGUACGGAGCCUACUGUAGCAUCAUCAUCUUCGUCUUCAACUCAUCCACUGUCAUCAUCACUAUCCUCCUCCUCUUACUCAACAACACCAUGUCCUCGUCGUCGCGUAAGAUCUCCUCCGAGUCAUUCAGCAGCUCGGUGGGUUCGGAUUGUGGGCUCGAAAGCCCCGGGGGAGACGGAGGGGAUAGUGGGUUGGAGCCGGCGGACGAGAUCCGAGGUUGCCCCUUUUCCUCUUUUCCGUCCUCCCACAGAGCGGCUCUCUGGAACGGCCGCAGCCCUUCCGAGAGGUCGGCGUGCCCAGCGGGCGAGGAACAGCAAGGACCCUGUAUACCCCUCAAGAGAGCUACCAGGAGGAGACGGGUGAACCUAGAUUCACUGGGAGAAAGCCUCAAGCGACUGACCUCACCCACGACACAGACUGUUCAGGAAGCUCUACAACGAACUCUUCAGUUCUACAGACAACAAGAGAUCAGGUGCCAGGAAGUUGGAAGUGGGGAGAGACGAAGAGAGAAGAAAGAAGAGAAGUGCCCAUUUCUAGAAAAUUCUGGUUCAGAGGAAGAUGUCCUACAAAUCCUUCAGUACAUGGCCACAAUAUUAGGAGUACCAUUCUGUGAGCUGCGAGAGCAUUUUGGAGAGGAGUUCUUUGGCCUCUGCUUUGAAGAAAAUGAGCGAGUGCUUCGAGCUGUGGGUGGCAACCUCCAGGAUUUCUUCAAUGGUUUUGAUGCUAUUUUAGAACACAUUCGCACCUCAACGGGUCGCCGUGCCUCAUCUGAAAGCCCCUCCUUCCAGUGCAAGGAUCCCCUCGAGCAGGAGAAAGGGAGAAGAAAAUUGGACAAAGUUGGAAAUGAAAGAGAUAAAAGGGGGAAGGUGUUGCUUCUUCACUGUUUCAACCCUGCGCCUGUUGUUGGAUUGGUCAUGCCAGGUUUGAUCAGAGCUGUUGCCAGGCGGAUCUUUCACUCAGAAGUUGAGGUGGAAGAGGUGCCACCUUUAACUCCCCUGCUGCCUAAUGAAGAUACGGAGCAUACAGAUGGUGACUCGACAACCCCCACUCCCACUGCGUCCCCCACAGCAUCACCCUCCUCAUCCCCAUCUCCUCCCUCUCUUUUUCCAACCUCUGUUCCUACAGUAUGCCUUUCCUUUCAAAUCCAGGAGACAUGUCCAUCCUCCCUCUCUUCCCAUCCAAAUUCAGGCUCAGUGAGCACUAAACGGCCCCCUCUCUCACUCUCCACCAAUCCCAGUGAUCUGUGCAUUGGCCUGGCCACCUUUUGCCGUGCCUUUCCAUUUCACCUUGUCCUUGGACCUCGCAUGGAGCUACUGCAGCUUGGAGAAGGACUGAGAAGACAGGCUCGCAUUGAACCACACCGAAGCUUCUCUUUUAGGGACUGUUUUGAGAUUGUCUCACCUAAGAUGGAGCCCUCAUUCCAGGGCAUUCUGCUGAGGCUUGCAUCCCCAUUCACCAUCCGUACUAGACCUGACACCACACAGACCGGCACUAAGGAAAAGGUGAUGGAGUUAAAGGGUCAGAUGAUCCAUGUGCCUGAGUCCUGCUCCCUGAUGUUUUUGGGCUCUCCGCGUGUUGAUAAGUUAGAGGAACUGAUGGGCAGGGGUCUCCAUCUGUCAGAUAUCCCCAUCCAUGAUGCCACACGGGAUGUAAUCUUAGUGGGGGAGCAAGCCAAGGCCCAGGAUGGCCUAAAGAAAAGAAUGGACAAACUGAAGGCCACUUUAGAGCGGACUCAUCAGGCCCUGGAGGAGGAAAAAAGGAGAACUGUGGAUCUCCUGUACUCCAUAUUUCCGGGUGAUGUGGCACAGAAACUGUGGCAGGGUCAGCCGGUGCCUGCUCGCAAAUUCGAUGACGUGACCAUGCUGUUCUCGGACAUCGUGGGCUUUACUGCUGUGUGUGCCCAGUGCACACCUAUGCAGGUCAUCUCAAUGCUGAACGAACUGUACACACGCUUUGACUACCAGUGUGGCAUUCUGGAUGUUUAUAAGAUUGAGACAAUAGGUGAUGCCUACUGUGUGGCUGGAGGACUUCAUAAGAAAGUUGAGAGCCAUGCAAAACCAAUUGCGCACAUGGCUCUAAAGAUGAUGGAACUUUCAGAGGAAGUGCUGACUCCGGAUGGAAAACCUAUUAAGCUAAGGAUAGGUAUCCACACGGGUUCGGUGCUGGCAGGUGUGGUUGGGGUUAAAAUGCCUCGUUAUUGCCUCUUUGGGAACAACGUGACUCUAGCCAGCAAGUUUGAAUCAGGGAGUCAUCCAAGGUGUAUAAACGUUAGCCCCACAACCUACCAAUUGUUAAAAGAAGACCGCUCCUUUUCAUUUGUCCCUCGUUCACGACAGGAGCUCCCAGAGAAUUUUCCUAAAGAGAUCCCAGGGACAUGUUACUUCCUGGAGGCAGGGACUUCUCAGAGCCAUGCCUCACUUACCAGCUCUCGUUCGGCUCCUCCAGCCUCUAUGAGGAAAGUCUCCUACAGCAUCGGGACCAUGUUUCUAAGAGAAACAAGUUUGUAGAUCCAUACACAGGUUUUCAUAAUGUGAGUGACUGGAUUUGAACCCUUGGAACAUGCAGGAAGCCACUUCAACAGAUCUUUGGAUAUGCAAAUGCAUCGUGUAAAACCUUCGAUUCAGACCUUUGAGUGAAAUACGCUUUCAUCGAAGGUGAAAAAGAACAACAUGCCCUUAUCUACCCUGAGCAAGGGAGAUAUGCUUCAAAAGACUUGAAGAACAGCAACUGUGCUAGUCUCUCAUCCUUCCCCAAGGAGCUGGACUGAUUGAAUUAAUUUGCAGAGCAACCUUAAUAUAAAACUUAAUGAUCUAGCUGGAUGUCUCAGCUGCAGACCUGGUAUCUCUCUUUCUCCAGUGGUCCUCGCUCCCACAUGAUACCCCAAGCUGGGUCCAGACUGAAACAAAAAGAAAAAAAAAAAGAAAAAAAAUCAGGGAGACAAACCCGGAGAGACAACACUCAUGACCAGUGUUCCACUCAUUAGCCAUAGAAUUGUGCAAACAGAACAAAUCCACUUAACAAAGUGGGUGCUGGGAAAUUCAUUUGUGUGGGUUUUAGAAGAUGGCCACUAAUGUUUGCUGUGCAUUAUGUCCACUUGUGCAAAAAAAAAAAAAAAAAAAAAAAAAAAAAAAAAUGAAGAACAAUACAGCUACCCUGUCUCCUUGUGCAACAAUUCUUAAGUCAUGUUAUGCUUAACCAAAUAUCUGCUAAGUGUUACAUAAAACCCAUCAGUUGGCUGAGAACGAGAGAGAUGAAUUAGAGGCACAAACAAAUAGAUUUACUUUUACAAGGGGUCAACAAAAGACAACAGUCACACUAAUCUGAUUUUACAGCCUUGUCUGCUUUUAACCCACAACAAACUAUAACCAACAAUAAUCUAGCUAUUUUAUUGCAGAUACUUUGUGUAGAACUGAAAAUUAUUCCCAACUCAGUGCCUUUUCACUGCUCAAAUAUAGAUUUAGAUAGUGAAUUUUGUUAUAUAUAGAAAGGAAAAAUACACACAAGGAGUGCUUCAUUUGUCUUAUUUUUCCAUCGUUUUCUUUUUUCUUUAUUUGUGACCAACUUCACUGGAGAGAAUGACAUGUAAAAGGGAAUUGCAUGUGCCAAUAGUUAUAAGCCACAUUUAAACCUACGUUGUUGCACGUCAUGACCAGAACUUUUAGGCAGACAAAGUACCAACUAGUUAUGUGGUUUAUUCUAACAUCAUGAAAAGCUUGCGACAUGAAUGAAGCACUCUUUAUAGACUAAAUAUCUGAAAUUAUAUUUACCUUUUUUUUUCCAGUAAUGCACAGACUUACUAACAUAGUCACUGUAUGUACUUUUUGUAACUUAACGGUAUUUCUUGCCACAGAUGUAGAAAUAUACACUUUUGAAAUUUCAGUGUCAGCAUUUAAAUUCAGGUCUAUUUGUUUGCCAGGGGGCUGAGUGUGACUGACUCAGUAAUAAUCUCAGGCCGUGUCAAAAACAUCAGUGUUGCUCAAUAAUACAGACAUGGUAACAAAAAGAUUUGUCGACUACAUUCUGCAUAUUAAAAUAUUAUAAAUUGUGAGGUGAAUGUUUGGAUAAUUGCAUAGUCAUGGGAGUAAUUUAGAGAGUUAGCUUAUUUUGUUUCCAUCAUAAUGUAAAGUCCUUUAUAUUGCUGACAUUGUUCUUCAUCAGUGCAGUACAAAUCAGACAUGGAGUCCGAAAAAACAGACCGGGGGAAAAUUCAGGAGGGCAUGAAUUUCUAUGAAAUAUUACAUGUCAGUUGAGAUUUUAUUAGUAAACCGAUUUUUUAAUGUCACAACCUAAUUAUUACCAAUUACUGAUGCAAAAUCAUUAAAAAAAAUAAUCAGGGUUAUUUACAUUGACAUGAGUGGUACUGCCUGUGUGUGCUCAUAUGUUCAUGUUAAAUAAUAUAUUUUUCUUUCUUUGUAACAACUGACAAAGCAUCAUAUUAGCUAAACUUAACUGGUAUAAAAGGCCAAAUAUAUUUUUGACCACCACAGGUUUAAAUCCAUGUUUAUAUCACCAAAGUCCAUCAUAAAUGGACAGAAAGUUUAAUGUUGCAAUUUCACAUCUUGUCAAAUGAAAACAUUGUAGCAGAACCUAAAAUAUUAAAUAAAAUGUGCCAAUCUAAUUCAGAGACACCACUUGCACAGGCUUACUGUGCUUUCUGAUUGAAAGUUUGUUUCUUGCUGUUUGUUGUGAGCAUCUGGCCAUAAUCGAAGUGAGACUGACACCAGCACAGCUAUGUCAUAAUCCAUACUAGAGGAAAGGAUUGGAGGACAGGGAUAACAAAAUCAUAAAGAUUUAUUUUUUGACAUGCCAGUUUGAAGCAGUACAAUGUUGUAUUAGGGUUAUCAUGUAAAACAAGUAAAUAAAAUAUAGCUAAGCCAGGAAAGAGUGAAAAAAUCCACAGGAAAAAAAUACAUAAUUUUUUAGUUGAGUAUACUUUUAUACUCUAGAAAUAAUGUGGUAAAACUACAAAAAUGUGGAAAAAUUCAUUUUUUUUAAUAGUCUUAAAUACUCUGACAUUAUCCUAAGAUCACUGCAUUAUGACAUCAUCCUAACAUCUGGACUUUAAAUAGUUCAGAUGCAUGAAGAUUUCUCAUCCAUUCAACCCUGAACUCAUGAGAUGAUGAUGAUGAUGAUGAUGCAUCCACCCAGUUUGUUCUUUGAACCUACUCAAUAUUCUUUGUUUUCCUCAUCAUUCGUAUUACCCACAAUGUCCCUAAUACUGUGUCUUACAGAGGUGAGUUGCCAAGUGGUCUUCUUAUAGUUCAACAUUAGCAUAAUUAACUCCUGCCUGAUGGCAGUAGCAUUAGAAAGCUUGAAAAGCUUGCACAUUUAUAGCUUCCUGUUUAAAGGGUCUAGUAAAAUCUGGCAAUGAAAAGAAUUUUGCUAUUAAAUAAAAUCUUUGUAUAUUUUUAAAGAAUAUUUUUCCAUACGUCUCAUUAGUGCUAUCCAAAUUUACUGUAAACAGAAACAACAACAAAAAAAAGAGCAAUUACUUAUUUCCAAAAUUGCUUGGUGUUGUCUAAACUAUACUGUCGUUUCAUAAUAAAUUCGUUAUAGAACUGUCUAGUUAGUGAAAACCCUGUCAAUGGCAUUAUAGUAUAAGAUUUAUCCAAAACAUCUUAAUUGUAAACAUAGUAGUUACACAUACUAACUCAAAACUAGGGGCCAUGUAUCAGUGGAUCAAUCCUGUAAUCUUAAGCAGUUCUUUUUAUAUACAGUAUGAACUGAUUUAAAGACUCAGUUCAAAUUGUGAGUCAUUAGGUCAUACUGUUGUUACAAAUAGUUUCUUUUGCUCUGUGGCAACAAAGCAAAACUGUCUUGUUAACUAACACCUAUGUAUAAUAACAGUGCAACAUUCAUCCUAUGGUAUGAAUGCAUAAGUGGUUCAGAAGACUAGUGCAAAUAUUUCAAAGGCCACAAAGUAAUUUUUUAAAAAUAAGAACCUUCAGAAAGAUGCCAUAAGUUUAGAAUUUUUAUGUUAUACGUGCAUACUCUGGGUCAUAUUGUGGCAAUGUUAGGGCUAAAACCUUUCCAUAUGGUACACAAUGAUCCAUUAUUAUAAUGAAAACUCCUUUAUUUAUUUAUUUUUUUAAUUUUGUUUAGAGAAAUUUAAAGUGAAUUUCAGACAACAGAAUCCAGUAUCAUAAAGCUGUGAAAAAACCAAAACCAAAAACUGAAACACUGAAUAGACAACUUCUAUCAAAUGGUAUCCAUCAGUAAAAGAAUAUUUUUGGGGACUUUCCAGGAUGAGCCACUAAAUGUAUUUGACAGUAGUGUUAUUGAGCCAGGGUUGGAUUUGUAACGUGGCAGCUCUCAUAUAUAGAUCUGUCACUCUGGCAAUGAUGCAUACAUCCAUUAAUGUUUACCAGAUAAAGCUUGUGUAGCAUAAAUGUAGUGCAGGUGUUGUUUACACUCAGCUUCAGCAAUGCCUAAACUCUGCUUCUAGGCUAAAUAAAGGACAGUGUUAAACCCACACACCGUGUGUCCAAUGCUCCAAGUUUCUAUUCUUUAAUAACAUUGCACAUUCUCCCAAAACCAGUCGUGCUGAUUUGAUGCUGAGGUGUUACAUUUAAUGAUUCUCUACAGUCAUCAUGCACUGCAUGUAGGUGACUCAUACAAGGAUAUACAUCACAGAUGUAACUGGUGGCAAUAUGGCUGAGCUAUGCUCUCUAAGUUGUGUCAAAUAAUGACCAUAAAUAAAUGUCAUGAGAGUGACGUAAGUGUGGGUGUGUUCAGUCUCCUGUGAGAUAAAACCAAAUACAUAACCAUCUGGAAACAUAAAGUCAGACUUUAUAUUUUCUGAUAGAUGGGUACAGUGUAUGUUUUCUUUUCUAGCAUACAGGACAGAUGUGUGUGCUAUUUGUGCAAUAUUUGCCACAAAGCUAAAAUUCGUAAUUCCUAAAACUGCACGAGCAUAAUUUGUGAAUAAAGACUGAAAGAUGGACUAUGAUAAAUCCAAACUGGAUCAUGGAAACUAAGUAAAUUAUAUAAGAGAAAUGCAUUAUAUUUCAGGAAAAAAAAAAUCCCUUUGGUUUUUCUUGUUGACCAGAUACUUGAGGCAAGAGUCUCCCUCCACACACUCAAAGUACAUCUUUUAUCUUCUUUUUUUUGUUAACAAAACUAAAUAUUGUUAUUUUGCCUAUUAAUGUUUUGUUUAAAACUAUUGUCUUCAGCAGUUUCUAGGUUAGCAUGACACUGUCAUUUUUUUGUCAAAAGGAUGUUGCUUCAUCUUGUACGUUGAAUAAGGCAAUGUUAAAAUUAAUCUACUUUCCAAGAUUAGCUUAAUUCCCAGUGAUUAAGAAUUCAGCAGGUGUGGACUGAUGGGAAACUGAUCCCCGUUUGUAUAAUAACAACCUGGUUUUAACUAUGGAAACAAACUUGGUUGAUGUUUUUUAUAAAGUUCUGGGAUUCAAAAAAUAAAUAAAUAAAUAAAUAAAUUCAAAUCUGCUCAACAAUAAACAUUAUUUCACUCAUCUCUAAUCUGUGAAAGACCACCCUUCUGAAAAUAGUAGCGUUCAUUAUACUUGUUCACAAGUUUACUCAUUCUUGUCUCAGAAAUCAGUUUAUUUUUUUGUAUUUUUUUAAAUUAAUUAAAAUUUUCUGCAGUUUGGUGUCUAUUCUGGACAUGAAACCUGUUUGACCCUGUGGCUGGGAUCAGAUGUUAGUUAUACACUGCAGGAGCUUGAUGAUAGAUACUGGUUUCUAACUGACAUUAAGGGCACAUCCUCUGUCUUAUAUAAUGUAAAUAAAAAGACAGCAAGUAUCUUUAUUAGGAAGAAAGCCUGUGGCUCUUUCUGUGAGUCUGUGUGUGUGGUGGAUUGAUCGUGUGACUGAUUUUAGGACACUGAAACCAACAUCAAAGUAAGCAGCAUAUCAAACGGAUGUGUGGCGUUUUGAAUAAACCUGAAGUUCAUACAUUUGUCAACCUUGUGCCGUCCUUUUCAAGAAUACUCAUCAAUACUUAUAAACAACCUGUUACUCAGGAGGAUAACAGCAGAGCUCAUUAAUAAUUUAGUCUUCUUUUUAAAAGUUGCACAUUGUGAACUUGCAUGCUUCCUACCAGCAUAACUACUGAUCAUACUCAUUAUGAUCUUAAUAACGCUACAGCCCACACUUAUGUACUAGUUCAAUAUAAACCCGAUUUUCCUUAAGCCCUAAGUGUGUCAGAUAUGGCUUUGAAUAGACUGUGAACAUCUGAACAGAUUCAGAGCAAGCCUCUGUUACGGUUCAGCUUAAAUAAGAAUUACUAAAAGAAUAAAAGAUUUAUGAUUAAAACACAGAAACAAGGAAGUCUAAGAAAAAUGACACAGCGAAAGAAACAGUCCAUGGAAUGGUGAUCAUGCUUUGGAGAUAAUUUGCCUGCUGAGGAUGGGCUCAUCGUCUAAAACAGAAGAAAGCUUUACCUUCUGCCUCCUGGAGUUCACAGGUUUCCAGUUUUGUGUUUAUAAAUCUGUCAUUUUCUUGCAAAACUGAUGAUGCUCCUGCUCUUCUGAGCACAACUAUUGCAAAGCAAGAAUUAUUUUGCCAAGACCAUUAGCUGAAAUGGGUCGUACUAAAUUUAGCUGCUUGUAUCGAUGUUAUUUGUGUUACUGUUAAAAGACACAUGAACUAAACCUCUUUUUGUCUAAUCUCUUAAAGAAUUGAAGUAUCAGUAUGUAUGUUAUUCAUCCAAGUAACCAGAACGAUGUCUGCUAAAAGUUCAGGAAAACCAAACAAUACAAAUCACAAGCAUUAAUAGACAAAUGUCA